ACCCCAAAAGCCGUUAGACAAAGAAGAAGACGAUGUGAAUCGUAAAUUUAACAAUGCUUAAAUGAUUUGUCGCCGCAUUUGACACAAAUAUGCACAUAAGCUUAACAUGAGCUACAUAAAUGUAGCCAUAAAUCACGGCGCACGUGGAUAUGCAGCCGUACGCAAUGCAAAUGAAUAUGCCUGCAAAUGUCGGCGAUAAAAUGCGCGCAAACGCCGUCACCCAAAACGCUUAUCAACUAAAACACAAAAAGCGCCGCCGCCAAGUCGGCAAAUUUUGGAGGUCUAGGCCCAGAAACGAGAUGUCGGGGAGGAGAAAAACUACGAUGAUGAAUUGAUUGACCUGUCGGAGAUGGGCGAGUCCAUUUUUGGUAAUCCGGAUACUGAAACAACUGGAGCUCUGGUAGACUCUCAAAAUGAGCAGUCGCAACAGAAUCCCGAAGAGCUGGGCACCUACCACGAAGGUGAUAUACUAAUACCACUUAAUUACCGGGACGUCCGCACCGACGACACACGUAAUGGCCUUCUAGCGGUAAGCACACGUUGGCCUGGCGGUGUGGUUCCCUACGAAAUCAAAGGAAAAUUCACAUCCCAGGAGCUGGGCAACAUACAACAUGCCUUUAAAGAGUAUCACGACAAGACUUGCGUGCGUUUCAAGCCGCGCACAAACGAAAAGGAUUACAUUUCCAUAGUAAACGGUAAAUCUGGAUGCUGGAGUAGCAUUGGACGCCUAGGUGGUCGCCAAGAGGUCAACCUACAGUCACCGAACUGCUUGCGCACAUAUGGCACACCCAUACACGAACUUAUGCAUGCGCUGGGCUUUCUCCAUGAACAGAAUCGCUACGAGCGCGAUUCCUACGUGCAGGUGCUGAGCGAGAACGUAAAGCCUGGCAUGUUGGCCAACUUUGAUAAGGGCAGCGCCAGGACACAAUCGGGCUUUGGCGUUGAUUAUGAUUAUGCUAGUGUGAUGCAUUACUCGACCACCAGUUUCAGUAGGAACGGACAGCCGACAUUGAAAGCCUUGCGCAGCAAUCCUGAUGCCCGUCAGAUGGGACAACGGCGCGGCUUCUCUCCCAGCGAUGUACGCAAGAUUAAUGCGAUGUACAAAUGCAAACUCUAAAAAGA